AUGCUCUCUUCCCUCGAGGCCGCAAAGGAGAGACUGAUCAAAUACUAUGGUAUGACAGAUGAUAUCGAGGGUAAUCUCUAUGCAAUUGGGACAAUCCUAGCGCCGUCGAAUAAGAUGCAGUUCUUUUCAACAAGUGAUUGGGACCCAGAUCCUGAGACUGGAAAGGACUAUGGAAAGGAAUACCGCGAGAAUCUCCACUCACUUUUCGAGAGAUAUCGCCAGCAUACACCAUCAGAUAUGGUUCCGUCUGAUAGGCCACCUCAGGGUUACCUUCAUGAGGUGCGACCCUCGAGCUACCGCACCUGA